CAGUGCAUCCCCCCGUACUGUGGUAAAUGGCUGCCAGGAAAGAGGAACGGAUGGGCCGCGUCUUCUCUCUGUGAAGCACACCCAUCUGGAGGACCGUUAUCUCGGGUGGUGCCGAGUUAAAAUGGUCGAUACACGACCAACCAGCCACCCAGAAUCAGUUUUUCAUACUUGUGAACAUUGACCUUGAACCAGCACCCACUAUCAACUUCUCAUCUUAGAGGUCAAUUCUGCCUGCCGAUCAGCAUUUCACCUGAGGCCAUGGCAGUGAAGGACCGAGUAGAAGCGGUUCUCAACGUGGGUCUGCGUGUUCCCAGCAUCAUGCUGCUCGACGUCCUGUACCGCUGGGAUGUCAGCUCCUUCUUCCAGAAGAUCCAGCGCACCAGCCUUUCUAACAAUCCUCUGUUUCAGUACAAAUAUCUGGCACUCUACCUGCACUACGUAGGUUACAUCCUGAGCCUGGUGCUUCUGACUCUGCCUCGUCAGCACCUGGUUAAGCUCUACUUGUAUGUUCUGACGGCCCUGCUGCUUUUUGCUGGUCACCAAGUUUCCAGGGAUUAUGUUCGCAGUGAACUGGAUUCAGGCUAUGAAGGACCCGUCUACCUGGAACCGCUUUCCAUGAAUAGAUUCACCACUGCACUAAUAGGUCAGCUUGUGGUGUGCACUCUGUGUUCCUGUGUGAUGCAAACCAAGAGGAUCUGGCUUUUCUCUGCGCACCUCCUCCCACUGGUGGCAAGGCUGUGUCUGGUUCCUCUGGAGACCAUCAUCUUCAUCAAUAGAUUUUCAAUGAUCUUCACAGGCCUGGAGGUCAUUUACUUCCUAGCUUCUAAUUUACUAGUACCAUAUAACCUGGCCAAGACUGCCUACAGGGAACUCGCUCAGGUGGUAGAGGUGUACGGGUUGCUAGCUUUAGGGAUGUCCCUGUGGAACCAGCUGGUGCUUCCAGUUCUCUUUAUGUGUUUCUGGCUCGUGCUGUUCGCUCUUCAGAUCUACACCUACUUUAGCACCAGAGACCAGCCUACCUCAAGGGAGAGGCUUCUCUUUCUCUUUCUUACAAGUAUUGCAGAAUGUUGUAGUACGCCAUACUCUCUGCUGGGUCUGGUUUUCACCGUCUCAUUCAUCGCGCUCGGAGUUCUCACGCUCUGCAAGUUCUACUUGCAGGGCUACAGAGCCUUCGUCAAUGACAACGCCAUGCACAGAGGAAUGACUGAAGGCAUAACACUGCUUAUCCUGGCUGUGCAAACCGGCUUGAUAGAGCUGCAGGUCAUCCACCGAGCCUUCCUCCUCUCCAUCAUCCUCUUCAUUGUUGUAGCUUCCAUUCUGCAGUCCAUGCUGGAGAUCGCUGACCCCAUCGUUUUGGCUCUGGGAGCCUCCAGAGACAAGAGUUUGUGGAAACACUUCCGCGCAGUAUCUCUUUGCCUCUUCUUGCUCAUCUUUCCAGCUUACAUGUCAUAUAUGAUCUGUCAGUUCUUCCACAUGGACUUCUGGCUCCUCAUCAUCAUCUCAUCAUCAAUCCUUACCUCACUUCAGGUUCUCGGUACGCUGCUGAUCUACGUUCUCUUCAUGGUGGAGGAGUUUCGUAAAGCUCCCGUGGAAAACAUGGACGAAGUUAUUUACUGUGUCAAUGGGACCUAUAGAUUGCUGGAGUUUCUGGUCGCAGUGUGUGUGGUGUGCUAUGGCAUAUCAGAGACUGUAUUUGGCGAGUGGAGUGUGAUGGGCAGCACCAUUAUUCUGGUCCACUCCUACUAUAAUGUUUGGCUCCGAGCCCAGCUGGGCUGGCAGAGCUUCCUGCUCAGGAGAGACGCUGUAAACAAGAUCAAAAGCCUCCCAACUGCAACCGAUGUGCAGCUGGAGCAGUACAACGACAUCUGUGCUAUCUGCUUCCAGGACAUGAGCAGUGCUGUGAUCACUCCAUGCAGCCAUUUCUUCCACGCUGGGUGUCUGAAGAAGUGGCUGUACGUCCAGGAGACUUGUCCUCUUUGUCACUCGCAGCUUAAGAGCCAAUCAGCUGCCAGUGGAGUUCCCAACCAAGAUGCCGAUCCAAUCCCUGCUGGACAGGACGGAGUCGCUGCUGGCAAUGAGGAGGAUUCUCCUUCUGAUGAUAUGAAAGAUGAGAGAGGUGAUGGGACCUCCUCUCCCUCCUGCAUGCACUCUGCUCCUCUGCACCUUGUCAGGCCAUCCUCUUCCUCACCGCUGACUGAUUCCAUGGAGAACCAGUUGCAAACCGAUCAUCCAUCUACAUCCUUCUGCUCUACCUCUGACACGCCUGACAGACCCGCUAAUCUUCGAUUUCGCUCCCACGCGGUUUCCCCCUCCAUCCGACACUCCUCCUCCUCACAGAUACUGACCCCUGUUGACCUCCAUGAGAUCCACUGAUUCAACAUGGCCGCCCCUCACAGCCCAGCUGCCAUUCUGAGGAAGUUCCUCCUCCUUCAUGCUCAUCCAGAACUCCAUCGCCGCACACAUGCAACAUACACGCAUGCACUUAGCAACAGCAUCCCAACACUCCACUUCCUUUAUUGUUCCUCAUAUCCAGGGUUCCUAAUAUGAGUUUGAAUUAGGAUUUGAGUUUACAAUUUUACAGUAACCUAGUUGUAUCUAUCUAACAAUUACAAAAAAGGUUUUGGAAAAUGUUAUUUCCAGGCUUUAAUCCUAACUAAUAAAGCUGGCCCAAACAGAUUCUUAGUUUACUUCCCCUUUGACAAUAUUUUACACAACAUCAUCUAUUUCUUCAUCUACCACAAGUUGGAAAUGUAAAUAUCUUGCAAAUAUGGGCGUGUAUGCAAAUAUAAUCUGAAUGUUACAAAGAUAAUAGGGCAAAUACAGGGAGUUUAUGGACCAUAAAUUGAUUAAGAAAACACCAGAAAAAAUGUUCACUUCUACUCUAUUUACUUCCUAAUUUCCAUUAUUUGGGUUGCAGUUUAUUUAAAGCCUUUUCCGCUGUAGAAACAUUUGAUGUAACCUUAGAUUGAAAUAGUUUACUAGUACCACGAAUGAGUGACACUGACUUACAUGAAAAUGUUAUUUUGAUAUUUAGGGGUAUUUUUCUCACAACACUCUCAAAGCUGAUGGUAUUUAAAGUUGCUUUGGCAAAAAUGUUGUUAAUGCACACAGCCAUUAACAACAUUAGUGUUAACCCAAAAACAAAAACGCUACUGUAGACUUUCCUAUAAUCAAAUGCGUUACUAUAGAGCAAUACUUUAAGUUGUGCUUUUGUACUGCUACACAUCACACAAUAUUUUCAUUCAAAUAUAUUUUUAAAUAUGUAUAUAUAAUGAUGUCCCUCACUAAUUUAUAGAUUAAAGAUAAGACAAAGAUCAAAUUUUAAAAAGAAUGAACUUCUGAACUAAAAACUGCUUAGGAACCCUGCAUAUCUGAUUCUGAGAGGAAGAUGAACUUGGUUUGUAAGCCUGUAUUGAUUAUUCAGAUCUUAAAAUAUAAAUGACUGGUUAGAUAUAUUUUGACAAAAUUUUGAUACUUUAUCUUGAAACUGUUACCUUAAUCUCUCCCCUUUAACUCAUGCUGGGAGUAUUAUUUUUUUUUACUUAAUUUUUUCAAGAGUAUUGCAGUGAUCCAUCUCAGAAACAGUUUCAGCUUCUACAUCCUGUUUACAAAAUGUGAAAUCCUUUAGUAUAAUAGGUUUUCUGUAUUUAAUUUCUUCAUCAGCAAAUUCGUACUGUUGGACUUUCUCACAGUAGUGGUUUCGUCCUCCCUGCCUUCUUGCGUGCAGCCUUCCUCUCAUCGCUGUACAUGUUAGGUUUAUCUAAUGUCCUUUACGUGCCAUGACAUGUAGAAGUGAUCAGAGGCCGAGACAGCUACGAAUGACAAUGGAUAACUUAUGGUUACAUUUUAAACUGUGACGGUCUUAACAUUUCAUAAACAAGUUUUUUUUUUUUUUUUCUUUUCUUUCUGAGACAUUUUUUUUACGUCUGGGAGUCAGUGGUUGUGAGUAUUGGUAAAAACAAAGAAUUCACAGAUACUGAAUGUUGUUCCUUGUGGCUGUCACAUGACCUGAAGCCUGGUGCUAAGCAGAGGACUUGUGAUGUGGUCAAGCCGUUUGUUUCCAUGUGAACUAAUCAGUGGUUUCACAUGGGAUGUCGAAUUAAUUUUGUAUGUCAAAGCUUUUGCUAUAACACCUCUUCAAUAUUUGAAUCAAAUUUGCAUGGCUGGUCCCAGCAAAAAGCAUCUCUGUUCCUCUUCGCCAAAGUUUUGCAUCGCUGAUAGUAUUAUUAUUAUUAAGGUCAAUUUACAUCAUAUUAGUGGACAGUGCAAUGCACCGUGGAGAUGGAGAAAAGUAGGAAGUUAAUAUUUUUGACAUUUCUGGGUAAUUACAGUGCCUUGCAAAAGUGUUCAUACUUUGAUAUUUUUUCCCCCACAUUCUGUCAUCUUCCAACCACUUUGAUGUAUUUCAUUGGGAUUUUAUGCAACAGAUCAACACCAACUAGUACACUUCAGAAGUGUAUUAAAAUCUUGCAUCUGUCCAGUGCCAUCUGGAGCUGAGCUCCACCUUCAGCUGCAGUUACAGUUGCAGGUCUUUCUGGGUAAUGUCUCCAGCAACUGACAUUUCUGCCCCACUCUUGUUUGCAACCGUGAUUUUCAGCUUUUCCCAUAGAAUACCAAUUGGAUUUAGCUCUGGCUGAAUGUUUAGAAUCAUUGUUAUGCUGGAAGGUGAACCUUUUGCUCCAGAAUUGUGCAGCAGUUACCAGGUUUUACUUCUGAGUUAUAUUGUGUUUGCCCCCAGCCAUCAUUUAAUUCUUACCAUCUUUCCUGUUUCUGCUAAUAAAAUGUAUCCUUAUAGCUGCUAACACAGUGUGUUGCCAUGGGGAUGAUUUGCUUUGGGUGAUAUGUAGUUUCCACCUUAUGUUGCACUUUGCAUCUAGGCCAAAAAGUUCAAUUUUGUUUUCAUCUGACUGAAGCUCUUCUUUCAUUUCCUGUUAGCCUCAUAUGUAGAAGGAAUUGUUUGGGGCAACAGAGUAAAGGGGUUAACAUACAACUGCACACUUUUUCAUUUGUAAAACAUGGAACAAUUAAUUUAGGAUUUUCUCCCACUUCACAGCUUUCUGUUGGUUUGUUGCGCAAAAUCCCAAUAAAAUCCCUUUAAGUUUCUGGUUGCAAUGUGAACGGGAAAAAUUAGCAAUGUUUUUGGGGUGUGAAUACUUAAACUGCAAGGCAGUGGGUCCACGUAGCUGACACGGGGGCUCCUGCUUUUAUUUACUUUAAAGCUCAGCUGAUAAAGCAUGUUUUACCUGACAGGCUAAUGAGAGCUGAAAUCUGUUCCUAGCAGGAACCAAUCACUUCGCUCCAUCAGGGUAAUCAGUAUCCCUGCAGCUCAGUCACUUCAUGAGAGGUUACUACCAGCAAACUAAGCCAUUUAAGUUCUUAAUUUUGUUCACCAGCCCUUAUUUGUGCUCAACACACACUCUAGUUGGCUCUGGGGCUUAGAAAAUAAAUGUGUAAUGAAGGGUGUUUGACUAAAAUAAAAGUUUAGGGAUUCUGAUGCACGCUUAUAUGUAGAGCUUGCACGCUGCCACAGAACUUGUUUUUGUCUUAAGUGUUUCUAACCUUAUUACUGACAUUUUUCAAUCUUUUUCUUUUCUUUUUCUCCUCUUUUAUGUUUUUGGUUGUAUUUGCACUAAACUCAUUUAUACUAGCAAUGCUCUAAAGCUGUCAUGUUGCUGUCAGCUACCAAAAGCCCUCUGUCGUUUGUGUACGAGGAAACAGUCCAAUCUGUGUGUGUAAUGUAUAGAAAUAUUGUUCUGUUUGACGGUAUCCGUAUUGUUUAUAUGACCAGUGCUCGGUUUCCUCCUGGCUUCCUUCUUGCUUUGCCCAGAAGCUGUGAAGAAGGCAAACUUUUCUGGUGUGAGAAACCAGUCAGUGUUACUGCAUCACCUGUGUGCAUGACGCGUCCUCAGGCUGAAGUGAUCGCUCCAGUGUCCUCUAUUGGUAAGGAGUGGGAUCAGCAUGAUGCUGACAAACAGGAGAUCUGGUACUUAACCUUUGACAGUAUUGCUUAUUACCACAAUUUCUUAAGGUCUUGUUACUCUGAUUUUAUUUUUUUUAACUGUACGAAGCAUUGCUUACAUGGCUGAAAAUGAAUACAUAAUAAUUGUAUGAUCAGACCUUUGCAAUGCUGCAUCUUUUUGUUUUGUUUUUUAAGGGAUAAGAUGUUGACUGAUGUAUUGUGUGCAUCUUUCUCUGAAAGGUGGACUUAUGGACUGUCUUUGUUUCUUUACUCUUGAUUUAUAAAUGAAGCCCCUUCAAUGGCUACACAGAUUAGUUAUGCAUUACAAGGUUUUGGAGACUGUAUCAUGCAGAAGAAUCACCUGCAUGAUACAAUGUUUGAAGGUGAAAAUUGUCAUUGGCAGCUGUAUUUGAAUCUGCAUUGCAGUAUUAAAUGCUAACUAGCACGAACUUUUGUCAGCUUUUGGUCCAGUGUAUAUUUGCACAAUUCUUCCUUGUACACCAAACAGUGCUAAAAGUAGCAGUUUGUUGGUUGAAAAUCAAUUGAAAAAUAUUCUAAAAUGAAUAUUUAGCUCCAGUUUUUGUCUAAAUUCUUCCUUCAGUGACUGUUAGCAGUGUGGUCAUUAAAAUUCAUAUUCUCUUAAAGGCCAGUACAACAGUGCAUUGUUUGCAGUUCUGUUUCAGCUGCAGGAUUAACUGCAGAUUAAAUGUGCCAACAUUUCAACUUCAGCAGCUGUAAAAAGAAAAAGAUUCUAAAAGUGGACCUUUCUGGCAUUUCUGAUUUCUUUUACACUGUUUUAAGAGCAUGUACCUGAAACACGAUUCAAAGAUGUUCCCUCAUGUGCCUGAAUAUCUUUAAGAUUUUCAGAGCAUCAUUAAUCAGAGAAACAAUAGUGUUGCCUUCUAAAAGCCAAGAUUAUGUCUGAAAUGGAAAUAUAAGAAACAUGCAAAUAUAGAAAUUGGAUCUAUAACUGAAACAAGCAUGCUGUUAAAUUUAGUGAAUGCAUUUUUAAAACAGCUGCUCAAUGCUAAUACUUCAAAGUGCAGAAUGGUGUUUUCUUGCUCUAACUGAGCCCUCAUUUACAUUUUUUAUUUUGUCUGGUUAGUUUCAAAACCUACAAAUGUAGGACCUGCUCUGUAAAACCUGGCUCUUGUGUUGAAUUAAAAAUGUCCCACAGCUGGUUUUCAGACUGGAUGCCUGGUGUUGCCUUGGUUAUUUUACAGAAACUGAAUGUCAAAUAAAAUAAACGAUUCUCUGCAAAACA